CCGCGGCCGCGUCGUCGUCGUCGUCGUCCGACGCCGUCGCGAUGCCGCCGGCCACGAAGCCGCCGAGCCCCUUUGGCAUGUUGUUGAGUCGCCUGUCCAGUUCCGUCACCUUCCUCUCGCAAUACAGGACGAACAAGGUCGUGAAGACGUUCGAUAAGUCGUUGGUCCGCCUGCACUUGUUCUUCAUGUUCGUGGUCGCGGGCUUCGCCGUGUCCUCGAUCAUAUUCUCGCAUAACUACAUGGCGUUCGACGACCCGGCUAUUUUCGUGGAGACGAUCUUGGUAACGGAUGAUUACGACACCGCGUUCUCGACGACGGUGAGCAACUUGGCCUACUGCGUGUACGGGACCGCGGCGACGAUUUACGAAGAAGUGGACUACAUCGCAGGGUUCGACACGAGCCUCGUGUACACGAACCCACAGUGCGUGACGCCCCAACCGGCGGAGUUCACCCAGAUGAACGACAGAGCAGCGUGGAUAUACACGCACUUUCGGGAGACGAUGUACUCGCGGACGUGCUCCGGGACCUACACCGCGAGCGCCAACGUGUUUGACACGUGCUCGGACGCCGCUACGAGCGUCGCGGACGCGUACGUCGCGCGCGCGGAGACGCUCAAGCUGAAGUUUCAGUUCCGCGUGAAGAGCGAGAACGGGAUAGACCAGCUCCCGGACAAGCUGAUCAUCGGCUCGGACACGUACUACCCGAAGAGAGAAGGGUCGUACGUCGAGAUCUCGGUGACAGAUCUUUUGGCGUUGGCGGGCGUAGACUUGGACGCGGACAUGACGGGGUACGCUGGCAGCGCCACCAGGUACGUGAACUCUCCGAACGUGCCUUACCGUUUCAUGGGGGCGAAGAUCAUCCUAGAUAUCGACGUGCGAAACACGCGGGAGUUCGCCGAGUGGGAUCCGUUCAACUACGACGUCGUCGCGACAGUCACCCCGACGCUACUCCCGACCACGGAGCGAUACGGGCCGGGCAAAGAGUACCACUACACGGCCGAUUACGGCACGAACUUACAGUCGAAGGAAGGGACGUGGUCCGAGCGCGAUUGGUCCGGCGUGCUUUUUUCCUUUCACGCCCACGGCGACCUCGGCGCGUUCGAGUACUACGCCCUCAUCGCGACGCUCGUGAACGCGUUCGUGCUCAUCGCGCUCGCGACGGUCGUCACGGACUUAAUCGGAGAGAUCACGAACGAACGGUUCCAGGACGACAAGUACGAGGACGACGGCGAGCGCACGCUGUUAGAAAACAUGGCGGAGAACUACGAGAAGAAGGAGCACAAGGGCGUGCCGUUCAACCCGCAUUUCUUGCGCCUCGUGAACGAUGACGACGAGCCCGGGAUGAGCUACGAAAACGCCAUCUACGAUUUAUACGACCAAGUCCGAGACGUGCGCGACCGCCUGAACAUGAUUCCUCAGGACGAAGCCGAGUUCGUCGAAGGCUCCGGGCCGAACCACGUCGAGGGCGGACACAAAGUCCUCCACCUCGUGGAGCAGAUGACGGAGCAGCAGGUCAUCUCGCACAUGGAGGAGCACGACGGCAAGAAGCCGGAGCCGUUCACCGUCGACCUGCACCAGGGGGCGCAGAUGAUGGGCCGAGGCGUCGGCGGCGUGUGGAGCAAAGCCGUGAGCCGGCAGCAGUUCACGCUGACGAUCGUGAAAGAAAAGAUCCGAAUGAAAGCCCUGAGGGACGGACCGGGGUACAUGAUCGACGACAGCGGGCGGUACGACCCGUUGCCCGCGUCCAAGGCGGUGGUUUUAAAAGAGGGCGAUCAGGUCGUCUUUCGCCUUCGAGAGGGAAAGCUAGGCGGGCACCUCGGCGUGUUUAAGAUCGAAGAGAAGCGGCACGUCGAGAAGAGUUGGCUCGCGGAGAUAUUCAACUGGUCGUGAUGAGCGAUGAUCGAGCGUCCGUCGGUCGGCCCCUUCGGGUAUCGUGUAUCAGUGGUAACAGACGCGCGCGUCUCGCGUGAGAGCGCGUAGACUACACGUACACUACAGUGUAGAUCUGAUUACAAAAAGACUGAGCUCUAACCC